AUGAAAACAUGCUGUAUAAUCGAUAAAUCUCAAGGAUUGUUGUCCUGGAUUUGCAACUUGAUCGUAACGUUCCUGGUUUUCCUAUUUACCUUCAUAACUUUUCCCAUAUCUGGAUGGUUUGUCCUAAAGGUUGUACCAAACUAUGAGAGGAUUGUUGUUUUUCGUCUGGGCCGGAUCCGUCCUCCUAAAGGUCCAGGAGUGGUUCUGGUUCUGCCCUUGAUUGAUCAGUGGCAGAAAGUUGACCUGCGGACCAGAGCCUUUAACGUCCCACCAUGCAAGGUACCCACCAAAGACGGUGGUCUGGUGUCGGUUGGAGCGGAUAUCCAGUUCCGGAUCUGGAGUCCGGUGAUAUCUGUGGUGGCGGUGCAGGAUCUGAAUGCCUCCACCCGUCUCACUGCACAGAACGCCAUGAUGCAGACCCUGAGCAAAAAGACCCUGAGAGAGAUACAGACCGAGAGGAUCAAACUAGGAGAACAUCUCGGGGUGGACAUGAAUGAGAUGACGAAGCCGUGGGGGCUGGAGGUGGACCGUGUGGAGCUGAUCCUGGAGGGGGUGCUCCGGGAACCGGACGGGGGUCAUGCGGGUCCCGUCAUUAUGCCCCCCUCUGUUCCUGGGCUGGAAGGACUCACCGGACCCAUACAGCAGCUUGCAAUGCACUUCCUGAGCCAGACGGCUGCGUCUCAAUUCAGUCAAGAUUCAGUGAGUUUUGCAGAUGAGCUGCGUCCAGCUCCAGCUGUGAGUGUCAGUCGUGUUGAUAGACUGAUGGAUACGGUUCAGUCAGUGCUGUCAGAGCAGCUGGUUCAUCAGGUCUUUCAGAUCACCACUGACUCUGGACAGAUCAACAGCUAUGUGGACCUGACACAAGGUGCUGGAGCGUGUGGAGGGGGCGUCCCGCCGCGGGAGCCAGAUGUUUCUCUGUGCAUGAGCGAGCAGGAUCUGUUGGCCAUGUUUGAGGGCGGCCUGCGACCGUUUGCGGCCUACAGCAGUGGCAGACUGAGAGUUCAGGGAGAUCUGAACACCGCUAUGAAGCUAGAGACACCCAUCAAGCUCCUCAAGACCACAUGA